AUGACCGGUGACCGAGCCGUUUUAACAUCUAUUAUCUAUCUAUCUAUCUAUCUAUCUAAGCCGAUUCAUAUCUAUCUAUCUAUCUAUAAUAAUUUUUUAUUCACUCCUAAAACCCCGUUCAUAUCUAUCUAUCUAUCUAUCUAUCUAUCUAUCUAUCUAUCUAUCUAUCUAAGUUUUAACUUUAUCUAUAUGAAAUUGUACACUAUCUAUCUAUCUAUCUAUCUAUCUAUCAUGCUAUCUAUCUAUCUGAAGUUUUGUACAACAUCUAUCUAUCUAUCUAUCUAUCUAUCUAUCUAUCUAUCUAUCUAUCUGAGGAUCGAGUAUACAGGAACAAUCUCCAUCGCAGAGCUAAAGUCAGCAAUCACUCAAGAAAUCAGAGAUAGAAAAAAAGAAGCGUGCAUCAAAGACAUCGACAACUCCACCCGUAGAAUUCAAGCGUGUCUUCAACAGAACGGAACAUAUUUGGAGCAUAUUCUAUAA